AUGUCUCUGCCACCACCAUCUUCGGAGGAGCUCCAUCACGAUGAGCCAAGCCGAGGACGGGAAACCACUCAUGGACCAGGAGUCCGUGAAACCGCACUUCAUGGACGAGACCGAAAACAAAACCGUAGCCAUCCCGAUGAAGCAGUAGAGUCCAUCCACGAGGUCACGACAUCAACGUCUCGUGAUGAGGAUGAAGUCGCAUCAUCCAUAGAGGAUAUUGAUUUGCGAGACGUUGAGGCUAGCAUCUCGGAAGCUCCGUAUACUGUGUUCACGGCUAGUCAGAAGAGGUUCAUUGCACUGUUAGCAGCUUGUGCAGGUUUCUUUUCCGCUGUUUCGGCAAAUAUAUACUUCCCGGCUCUCAAUUCGCUGACUAGGGACUUCCAAGUCUCGCCGACACUCAUCAAUUUGACUUUGACGACAUAUAUGAUCGCACAAGGCAUAGCGCCAGCUAUUAUGGGAGAUCUAGCUGACAUGGUCGGUAGACGGCCAGUAUACUUUGUAUGCUUCGUCGUAUACAUUGGCGCCUGUAUAGGCAUUGCACUAUGUCAAAACUACGUCUCUUUGCUCAUCUUGAGGUGUCUGCAGAGCUGUGGAAGUGCUGCAACGAUUGCACUAGGUAGUGGCGUAGUUGCUGACAUCGCAACAAGCGCCGAACGAGGUAUUUACAUGGGAUAUGUGACCUCUGGUCCUAUGGUCGCUCCGGCGUUAGGACCUGUGCUGGGAGGCAUUUUGGCCCAAUUUCUGGGCUGGCGAUCUAUAUUCUGGUUCCUGGUCAUUCUCAGUGCCUGUUACUUGGUGCCAUUCCUUAUAGCUUUUCCGGAAACUUGCCGCAACGUGGUUGGUAAUGGGGCAGUCAAACCUCAAAGCUGGAAUCGAUCACUCAUGAACUAUCUUCACGACAAGAAGGCUGCCAAAGCACCGGCUUUGACACGCACAGUCACCCGCGAAAGCGUUCGUCUCGAAGAAGCUCGUCUGAUAAAGGCCCGAAAGCUACGGUUUCCAAACCCACUCAAGACACUCAAGAUAGUGUUUGAAAAAGAUACGGGGCUGCUGUUGCUCUACAACUCGCUGGUGUACACGGCUUUCUACGAUGUGACGGCCAGCAUGCCGUAUCUUUUCGGCAAGAUUUACAACUACAACGAUCUUCAGAUCGGUCUUUGCUUUAUUCCGUUUGGAGUUGGCUGUCUAAUCGCGCCAACUCUAGGCGGAAAGCUUCUUGAUUGGAACUUCCGACGUCUGGCUGUCAAACAUGGGUUUCCUGUCGACAAGAAACGAGCUACUGAUCUCAAAGACUUCCCUCUUGAGCAAGCUCGCAUUCAAGUCACGUGGCCACUGGUGGUCAUUGGCGACGCAGCCUUGCUUUGCUACGGAUGGGUGAUGCAAGUGGAGACGAAUCUGGCGGCGCCACUGGUUAUGCUAUUCUUCAUUGGACUCUGCUUGACAGGAUCUUUCAACUGCAAUUCUGUCAUGCUGGUUGAUCUGUAUCCACUGAGUCCGUCGACAGCCAUAGCUGCCAACAACCUUGUCCGCUGCUUCAUGGGAGCGGGUGGUACAGCCAUCAUAAUCAUCAUGAUUGAAAGCAUGGGCAGAGGGUGGUGUUUCACCUUUAUAGCAGGCGUAGUGAUGCUGUUCUCGCCUAUUCUGUGGAUACUCAGGUAUCAUGGACAAGGAUGGAGAAAUGCGAGGACGCAGCGACUGGAAGAAGUGGCAGCGAAGAUCAAGCAAGCUGAGCAAGAGAAGGACAGGGAAUUGCAAGCUCAGGCCGAGAAAUCAGCAAAAGAUGACAAGUUGCACGAGUGA